AUGAUAUGGUUAUUAUUUUUUGGGUCAUUUCUAAUAUUUGGGGCCAAUUCUCAAGAUGCAGAUCCGUGCGCAAAUGCGCCAACUGAAAAUGCUAAAAUUAUGUGUAAACAGUUGCAUCGGUGGGAUACUGGAGCUAGGGUGAGUUUUUUUUAGAAAAUUUAUAGAAAUUUUGAAAAAGUGAGAAAAAAUAUAUAAUUUCAAAUUUUUUUGAAACAGUUCAUCCAAAAAUUUAAAAAUAAUUUUUUAUCCCAAAAUUUUGCAGGAAGCUUCAAAAAAGAAAAAAAUAGCAUUGCCUCCAGGAAUCGAAAAAGGAAUGGCUGCUGAAUUUGCACCAAUCGCCUCGAAUAUUUAUCAAUGUAUGGAUUUAGCUUGUCUUUGUUCUUAUUUAAGAGGAACUACGGGAGCAAAUGGACAGUGUACUUUACCAAAUGGACAACCAUUGAGAAAAUCAGUCAGGAAGGAGUAUAGAACUUUGAGCGAUGAUGAGAGAAGUCGACUUCAUAAUGCGUUUAGGCAGUUGAAAAAUGUGAGUUUUCAGGGAGGUGACUUAAGUUCACUAACCUUCAACUAGUUCUAAAGUAUACCAAAAAAAAAAUCAUCAUAGAAAUUUUUCAGAACGGAGAGUAUGAUCGCAUUGGCCGAAUCCACUCUCAAAUGUCUGCUGCCGGAGGAGCUCACUCUGGUCCCGCCUUCCUUGCUUGGCAUCGUGAAUUUAUCAAACGAGUUGAGUUCGCCUUACGUCAAGUUGAUCCUACCGUAUCCCUUCCUUAUUGGGAUUCCACACUUGAAUCACGUCUCAGCCGUCCUGCAGAUACUAUAAUGUUCAGUGAUUAUUUGAUGGGCGAAUCAAAUGCACAGGGUUUGGUGUCAAAUGGACCAUUUGUCAACUGGCGAACUCUAUCUGGUCGUGCUCAAAUUCAGCGAGCUGUUGGAGCGCAAGGUGGACCAUUGACGGAUAAUGAUUUAAACUUUGUGAUGCAGCAAACUCAAGUAGAUCAAGUUCUUGCAUUCACCGCUCCUCAACAAGGUUGUCCUUAUCGAACUGAUUACAAUUGUUUGGAAUAUACCCAUGGAAAUGUGCAUAUUUUUGUUGGUGGUGAUAUGUUUGAUACAGCUACAUCUUCUAAUGAUCCGUCGUUUUUCUUGCAUCACGCGUUCAUUGAUUUUAUUUGGGAGCAAUGGAGACUCACAAAACAAUCUAGAGCAGAUCGAGAGAUUGCAUUCCCUCCAGAUAAUCAACUCUGUGCAUCAGCUCAACAUUUUGGAGCAUCUCCAAUGCAACCAUUCACACCGAUGAGAAAUAUCGAUGGAUUAUCAAAUAAAUUUACUGAUAAUUUGUAUGAAUAUGCGCCUCGUCCAACUUGUCAAAACGGUUGCACUUCGAAAUUUCUUUUCUGUGAUACCACAAGAAACCAAUGCGUCGUUCGAAUCAAACCAGGCUCUCAAUGUGGCAGUUUCCAAGUAAAUCCUUGUUUUUCCGGUGUUUGUCAAGGUGGUAUCUGUGUUCUCAGCGCCAAUGCAACACCUCCACCAACCACUCCACCUCCAGUUGUCACAACUGCUGCACCAACCCAACCAGUGCAAUCACAAGAAUCUUGUUUCAAUGAGAAUCAGUGUUGUGCAACAUGGGCUGCACGUGGAGAAUGCACACGAAAUGCCGCAUAUAUGAACGAGUGGUGUAAAGCAAGUUGCGGAAAGUGUAAAACCACAUAUCCGCUCACGGAUAGUUGCGGAGAUCGUCAUUCAAAUUGUGCGAAUUGGGCGGCGACCGGGGAAUGCACUAAAAAUCCACUCUGGAUGGCUGAGAAUUGCCGGAAGAGUUGUAAGAAAUGUUCGAAGACUCGAGCGCAAGAAUGUGGUGGAGGAUCUGCAGCAGCCGCAACAACUACCACAACUGUUGCGCCACAACAACCACAAUGCGAAAAUUCAGAAGGUUGCUACAACGAGAAUGUUUGUUGCUCAAUUUGGGGAUUAUUGGGAGAAUGCAGGAAUAAUAUUGGAUUUAUGGCGUGUAAUUGUCGAGUUUCUUGUGGACAUUGCUAUCCGGAUGAUUAUAAUUAUGGAUGUAAGUUUUUUUCAGAGAGGGGGUUGCCACGUCAUAGAUGUGAGGACUUGAUAGAAUUUUUUAAAAAUACCACGUCAUCCUUGAUUUAGCUAGUUAUGACGUGGCAAAACAAUCUUGAAGUUACUUUCACUUCCUCUUUGUUUCAAAACAAAUCAGACCUACUUUCUGACCCAUUGAUAACCAAAAAAAAACCAAAUGUUCAAAGAUUAAUCGAUAUCAUCAACUGAACGUCCUUGCAUUUCAAAUUUUGCGAGAAAAACAUCGCAAUAUUGUUUUGCAGCAUGCGUCGAUUAUCAUCGCUCUUGUGCUGGUUGGGCUCGCGUCGGAGAAUGUCAGAAAAACCCAUGGAUGGCUGAAAAUUGUCGAGCCAGUUGCAACUCGUGUUAUUCACAAACAGAACUUCGUCGAAUGUGUGGACAACGUGCAGGAAGUGUGUCGCCUGUGGCUCCCGCGCCACGUCAAAGCUCUCGCAGACCCCCGCCGCCACGUGGUGGUUGGGGAGGAGGUUUUCAGCAACAGCAAAAUGAUUGGGGGCAACAACAACCACAAUGGGGAUGGGGAAAUAAUAUGAAUGGAAGGGGAGAUCAAUGGGGAGGUGGUUGGGGAGGAUGGGGAAGAAAAAAGAGAAAUUAA